AUGUCGUAUCCAAAUGUGGUGGAGUACCCCGGAAGCCGUGAGAGGGCCGCAUCCUCGCCUGCAUGUGCUGGCGUCAUCCAUGUCAACGUGUGCCAGUUCUUGCCAAACCUCACCGGGGUGUAUUGUGAAGAGCCGACAGAAUUUUUGAUCGACGCAUGCCGUACCUGA